CCCUCCCCCGGGUCCUGCCCCAUCCCCGGCUCUGCAGGCAGCAGCGCAGCCAUGGCAGAGGAGCAGACGGAGCUGGAGGAGCGGAUCAUCAUCAAGGACCUGCACACCAAGGAGAUCGACCUGGUGGACCGGGACCCGAAGCGGAUAAAUGAGGACGUCGUCAAGGUGGAUUUUGAGGAUGUGAUAGCCGAGCCCGUGGGAACGUACAGCUUCGACGGCGUCUGGAAAACCAGCUACACCACCUUCACUGUCAGCAAGUACUGGUGCUACCGCCUGCUCUCUGCCCUCCUGGGCGUCCCCCUGGCCGUGGUCUGGGGCUUCCUCUUUGCCCUCAUCUCCUUCUGCCACAUCUGGGCAGUGGUGCCCUGCAUCAAGAGCUACCUGAUCGAGAUCCAGUGCGUCAGCCGCAUCUACUCCCUCUGCAUCCACACCUUCUGCGACCCGCUCUUCGAGGCACUCUCCAAGCUCUGCACCAACAUCCGUGUCGCUUUCCGGAAGGAGAUUUAGGUCCCUGC